AUGAGCAGAGCAUGUCCGCCAAUAGAUAAAUCGUUUGCCUCAGGAAACGACAGUGGAAAAACUGAAAUAAACAAGCGUAACGAUCUAAAUGGAACACAACUCUUACGAGAAUCGUCCAUAAGUUACCAACACAUCCCUGCACGUGCGGAAGUUAGGGUUCUCUACUACCUACGUAGUGCACCCUUCGAGGUGCCUGGAACGUUAUUCGGUCACAGGUUUCUAAGGCUGCAAAGAUGUAUACACGUCAGAUUGAACAACGGUUUCUACCCAAGAUACAUACACGUCAGACGGAACAACGGUUGCCUUUCCCGAUGUAUACACGUAAGACAGAGCAUAGUUUGUCUUUCUUUGAUAUAUACACUGACAUCCAGCCAUUUUCGGGGUGGUUCCAUUUUCUGGAAACCUACUGGUAACGGUUACGAGGUCGAAUUCAGUGCUAAGCUAGGAUGGGCAUACAGAACGAAUGCGUGUAGUUCAAGUAACCUUAACGUGUACCAACCCUCAUCCAUCGCUUCCUGGAUAUGCGUUUCUGGAUGUCCAGGGAACAGAACGAUGGUUAACGCAAACAGGCCAGGUUUUACGUGCACUGGGUUUGACGCUUCACAAAAUUGGGAGAGGACUGAAAGCACGUUCAGUUACGUCUUUCCUGGGCCAGGACCUUACGUCAUUGAGUUUACAGGUGGAGCAUGGAUAAGCGAACUUGGAAGUGGAAACUGGCGAUUAACUACAACGGUGGAUUUGCAUACACGUUCAGACACUCUCGCCCCAAACUUCAGCCCCGUUGUGCCAACCAAACCUGUUUACUAUGUUCAAAACGGAUGUAAGGAAACGCUCCGGUUACCAGUGUCAGAUGAAGAUGGUGACCGCGUGACAUGCAGAUGGUCAACGGGUCUUGAGUGUGAAGGCGUUUGCUACUCUGCAGGAAAGGCACCAGUAGCAACCCUUCAAACGAAUUGUGACUUAACGAUCGAUGCUAGCCUAGACCAAUAUGGUGUCUACGCCUUGGCAAUUACGAUUGAGGACAAACCUACAUCAACAAUAACCAUCGGGAGCACACCGUAUGCACCGUCGAGGGUCAUAUCAUCGGUACCUCUACAGUUUGUUUUGUUGACGCCCGAACCUCGUAACAGAUCUUGCUCUGAUAAGCCUAUGUUUCUUGAACCAACUCCGUCAGAAAAUGACGUUCUUGUGUACAAACCAGGGGAUACUGUUAGUCUGAGGUUCUAUGCAACAUCAAGAGCAGCAACGAUUAUAUCAUUUACACUACUUGAUCCACCAACCAAUGUAAGACAGUCUGCUCUGCGCAAUGACGACAGGUUCCGACCUGACGUCUAUGCAAUGGACCUCACAUGGACACCAGUGGCUGCUGCCAGGGGCUCUAAAACCAUCUGUGUGGAGGCGACUGACAACUUCUUGAUGAGUACCCAACAUUGUGUGACUCUUCUUGUCUUGGACAUUAACGAGUGUGCUAGUAGCCCAUGUCAACACAAUGGGACCUGCAUUGACCUAGUUAACGAGUUCUUCUGUGGAUGCCUUGAUGGAUACACAGGCUUUGAAUGUGGAAUAGAGAUGAACGAGUGCGCUAGCAGCCCAUGCCAUCACAAUGGAACCUGCUAUGACCUAGUUAACAAGUACUCUUGUGGAUGUCUGGAUGGCUACACCGGCUAUGACUGUGAAAUAGACAUUGACGAGUGUGCUAGCAGCCCAUGCCAACAUAAUGGGACGUGCUUUGAACAUGUAAACGAGUUCAUCUGUGGAUGUCUUGAUGGAUACACCGGCUUCGACUGCGGAAUAGAUAUUAACGAGUGUGCUAGCAGCCCAUGCAAACACAACGGGACCUGCUUUGACCUAGUUAACGAAUUCGUCUGUGGAUGUCCGGAUGGAUACACCGGCUUUGACUGUGGAAUAGACAUUAACGAGUGUGCUAGCAUACCCUGCCAACACAACGGGACCUGCUACGACCUAGUUAACGAGUUUGUCUGUGGAUGUAGUGAUGGAUACACCGGUUUUGACUGUGGUUUAGAUAUUAACGAGUGUGCUAGCAGCCCAUGUAAACACAACGGGACAUGCUAUGACCUAGUUAACGAGUUCGUCUGUAGAUGUAGUGAUGGAUACACCGGUUUUGACUGUGGAAUAGAUAUUAACGAGUGUGCUAGCAGCCCGUGUCAAAACAAUGGGACCUGCGUAGAUCUAGUUAACGAAUUCGUCUGUGGAUGCCCUGAUGGAUACACUGACCUUGACUGUGGAAUAGAUAUUAACGAGUGUGCUAGCAGCCCAUGUCAACACAACGGGACCUGCUUUGACCAAGUGAACGAGUUCGUCUGUGGAUGUUUGGAUGGAUAUACCGGCUUUGACUGUGGGAUAGACAUUAACGAGUGUGCCAGCAGCCCAUGCAAACACAAUGGGACCUGCUUUGACCAAGUGAACGAGUUCUUCUGUGGAUGCCUGGAUGGAUACACUGACCAUGACUGUGAUACCGACAUAAACGAGUGUGCUAGCAGCCCCUGCAAACACAAUGGGACAUGCUUUGACCUAGUUAACGAGUUCUUCUGCGGAUGUCAUAAUGGAUACACUGGCUUUGACUGUGGAAUAGAUAUUAACGAGUGUGAUAGCAGCCCAUGUCAACACAACGGGACCUGCUUUGACCUAGUAAACCAUUUCGUUUGUGGAUGUCUGGAUGGAUACACCGGUUUUGACUGUGGAAUAGACAUUAACGAGUGCGCUAGCAGCCCAUGCCAACACAAUGGGACCUGCCUUGACCUAGUUAACGAUUUCUUCUGUGGAUGCCCUGAUGGAUACUCUGGCCUUGACUGUGGAAUAGAUAUUAAUGAAUGUAAGGCUCAGCCUUGUAAGCAUGGCGGGACAUGUGUUGAUCUGGUCGGAACUUCCGUUUGUCAGUGCACACCAUGGUUCACUGGCAACAUUUGCCAAACAGGCGUUGACACAUGCGAAUCCCUGCCGUGUGAAAACGACGGACACUGCCUCUUUAACGAGUCGAGUGGAUACAUUUGCGAGUGUCAAGAUGGGUGGGUUGGCAGACAAUGUGGCCAUAGGCUAGAGAACAAAACGUUUUUCAAGGGUGAUAAAACUGGAAUGACGGACGAGUAUCUUCACUACUCCGACUGUGAGUGUGUACUUGGUUCCGGUCGCCAAGACUACUGCUAUAUGUACACUCUUAACAAGCACUCUGGAUUUGGAGUUCUUGCCGUCCUGCUUGGAAUCCUGUCAUCGAUGAUUUUGUAUUUUCUAUUUUACUGCGUUUUCAACAAAUCCCUACCUUGUUUUCAUAACCGAAUAUCGCAAGAAUGGGAUCACGAAGAAAAAUAUGACUUUUCUUAUACACUAGAAGAAGAAAGGGUAGAAAAAGAAAAUGAAGUGUGUGAUACGCACUUGGAGAAAAAUAAAGAAGUGAAAGUAUCUCCUCUAGAAAAGCUGGACGCACCUAAAAAGCGCAAACAUCACUGUUGGGCUUGCGAAGUUAAAUACAACAAGGCGCCUGCCCCACUGUGGUACAGGAAGGAUUUUAAGAAAUAUUGA